AGAGGCUAAAUUUGUUCGUUUAGACAGAGAUAUACAACUAAUCAAAUCUGACAAAAUCGUAAUUAUUAGCUGCCCAAAAAGAAAAAAAAAAACAAAAAACAAAAAACUGCUUGCUGUUUUAUGCGCCUUUUGUGUAUUUUGGUCUAUUGCAACACGCUUUUUCUUCUUUGUUAUUUGGCCGAUCACGCACUUGUUUUUCAACGAUCUCGUGCUCCGAUUUCCGUUUCUUAGCCGACUUGAGGAGUUGUAUUUUUGCCGUGAUUCUUUUAGCCUUUUCAUAACGAUUUCUCUUUACCACCAGAUCUUGCUCCAGCUAUUCAGUGCAGCUGGUAGAAAACCAAACGAGAGUAUGAGGCUUAUCGUGACAACUUUCAUUGGGGUGGUUUUUGGUUUCUUUGUAGGUGUAUCUUUCCCAACAUUAUCAUUAACAAAGCUGAAUAUUCCAUCCAGCCUUCUUCCUACUGUUGACCUCUCAUACAUCGAGGACAAAAAAUCUGGUAUCUCCACCCAAACAAUUCUAAAUGCUUGGUCCUCUACGAGGAGUAAUAAUAGCAGCUCAACUCAAUCAAAUGAUACAUCAAAGAUUUGGGUUACAUCAAAUCCUAGGGGUGCUGAAAGACUAGCUCCAGGAAUUAUUGCAGCUGAAUCUGAUUUCUAUCCAAGGAGACUGUGGGGUAAGCCCAGUGAGGACUUGACCAUUAAACCUAAGUACCUUGUAACCUUCACUGUUGGUUAUUCUCAGAAAAAGAAUAUUGAUGCAGCAGUGAAAAAGUUUUCAGAGAAUUUCACUAUUCUUUUAUUUCAUUAUGAUGGCCAAACAACUGAAUGGGAUGAGUUUGAGUGGUCAAAGCGAGCUAUUCAUGUGAGUGCUCGAAAGCAGACUAAAUGGUGGUAUGCUAAGCGGUUUUUGCAUCCUGACAUUGUGGCUCCAUAUGACUACAUAUUUAUCUGGGAUGAAGACCUGGGAGUUGAGCAUUUUAAUGCGGAAGAGUACAUAAAACUUGUGAGGAAGCAUGGUUUGGAGAUUUCACAGCCUGGAUUAGAACCUAACAAAGGUUUAACGUGGCAGAUGACAAAGAGAAGAGGUGAUCGUGAAGUUCACAAAGUAACGGAGGAGAAACCUGGUUGGUGCACUGACCCACAUCUGCCCCCUUGUGCAGGUUUUGUGGAGAUCAUGGCUCCAGUGUUUUCCCGAGAUGCAUGGCGCUGUGUAUGGUAUAUGAUUCAGAAUGACUUGGUCCAUGGAUGGGGACUUGACUUUGCCCUUAGAAAAUGCGUUGAGCCUGCCCAUGAGAAGAUAGGAGUUGUAGAUCGUCAAUGGAUUGUUCACCAAAGUGUUCCCUCGCUCGGGAACCAGGGCGAAGUUAAAGAUGGAAAGGCACCUUGGCAUGGGGUUAGAGAAAGGUGCAGAAAGGAGUGGACAAUGUUCCAAAGUCGUAUGGCAAAUGCAGAGAAUGCCUAUUUUAAGUCAUUGGGAUCCAAUUCGACAACUCAUUAGCAGAAGAGAGACAACAUGAGAUAUUAUACACAAUCACCACCACCAUCUUGUUUAGCAUUUCACAUUAAAAAAAAAAAAAAAAAGAAAAAAAAAAAAAGGAAAAGAA